AUGGAGCUGGCCCUCUCGGACGUAGGAGGUACGAACAGCGACGGGCGGAAGAAAGAUCCUCAUUCCGCAUCAUGAAGGGGUGACCUCGUCACGCAGUCGGGGGCGAACAGAACAAGUCACAGACCUGCAGAGCCUACGAAGCUCCGUCCGAAGCCGGAACGGACGAAUGAAGGAGCGGAGGCAGCAUGUCGGGGGUCCGGACUCCGGCGGGAAAGGCCGUUGAAGUCAACGUCCGAGGGGGGAAUUGAUGGGCCUGCCCACCCAGAUCUACGUCGCAGGCCUGCGGACGGAAGUACGAAACUCCUGCGAACGACACGUCUUUUCGUCUGUCAGAUAAUUCUCCGUCCGUACUGGUGCGUCUGCGUUCUGUCCGCCCGCGCGACCGCCAGGUGUCCGUCCCGUCCCCGCCCCACCUGCCCCCCCGGAAUGAUUUGGCCAGCACUGGGCCUUUAUGGCGCAGAUGGGCUCCAUGUUCCCCUGUCGUGCUGGACUGCCGCGGCCGCGCCCUUUGCUUCCCCCUCGGACGGCGUCGCAGUCAUUCGUACCCAUCGACGGCGCAGCCCCCCGUCGCCGGCGUUGCGCUCGUCCCCCUCCACGGACCGUACAGCGAAUCGGGGCCUCCGAAAGAGCCCGAAUCUGAAUCUGGAUCUGGCUGCUCUCUCGUUCCCCCCCUCGCCAGCGAUGGGACGGGGGAUCUGAUCUUCUCCUUCUCCUUCUUCCUCUUCCUCUUCCUCUUCCGCGAUAUGAAUGUCGAUUCCUUGUCGUUUGCCCCCAUCUCUUGCUCCGAUGAACGUGGACAUGUGGGAAGCUGGAAAAAAAGGGGCGAGGUGGUUGGGCCCUCGGCCGCCCUCACAUGCUCGACGAUCCGCUCUUCGAAUUCUGAGACCCGUCGAAGAAUGCCUUCUCGUGAAUUGGCAGGGCGAGGGAGGGAGGGAGGGAGGGACCCAGGGAGACGGACAGAUGGCUGAAUCGAUUGGAUCGAUCCCCGAAUCGACCGAGCCAAACGAGCCGAAUGGCGCCGGAUGAUCCGAUCAGUCUCGUAGGCCCUCCCUCCCGUCGGCGUAGGUGCCGUCCAGCGACAGAAGGUUUCGGCCGCGGAGGCAUAAAUUUGUCCAACAGAGGUCCGCGAGAGUCCACAUUAUGAAUCUGCGGGUUGACCGCUUUCAACCCGACAAGGGUUGAAAGCGUGGCGUGAGCCUGAGGAGAUGAGCUACACGCAGACCGAGCUAGGAGAUAAAACAGAGCCCGGCGUGUGGGCAACACCUCACAUCUUGGAGACGCUUUAGGCAAAAGCGCCGCUGCUGACAGAAGAUAACCUUUGUCUGCAAUUCGGAUUACACGAGACAUAUUACAUGGACGUGAGCGAGCUCGGGGUUACCGGGGAUCUGCAAUAAUCCUAUCGCGAAUCGGGGUUGUUGGUUUGCAACCCUCUGCAGAGUCGGCCAUUAUGAGGCCCCUGCCCUGUCGUGUUGCGAAUGCCCAGAACGCUGUUGUUUUACUGUCGUCCCUUGUUGCCUUACCCUCGCUUUGCUUGCGAUACGCAUCUCCUCUCCUGACUCCAUCAUCCUCUUAUCUCCAGAGCGCAAGCGCUAGACACCUGGUUCCGAGCUGAUCUCGUUUGGCCGCUAAAUUGAAUUCUUUGACAGUCGACAGUCUGUUAUUUCGGGCUGCUGCUGUUUACAUCGACUCUCUCGAUCACUCUGCAGCUCGAGGUUCGAUCUCUGCGAGACGAUUGGACACAGAUGACGCGCGGAUUCUGUUCAUGUCGCCGGGAUGCAUCUGGGCUUGAAACUCUUCCUCACGACGCGAUCGGCACGACUGACCUGUCGAGCAGCUCAUGCGUGAGCUGAAAGCUUCGAAUGUCGCCUCAUCUUUGAGUUUCGACCUUGUCGGUGAAUCAUCAUCAGUCGUCGUCUGCCCGGAUCGUGUCCAGCCGAGGCCAAUUUCCCUAUCCUGAAAUGCAAAUGGAAGUGGUGUGGAUCGUAAAACACGUGAACUACGAGAUGGACCUGUUGCACCAGUAAAGGGAAAGGGCUGGUCAAUCAUUAGGUCAGUCACAUCAGAGUCUAAUAAAUGUCAAGCGCAAACUGGCGUUGACAACGAGCGGGGGCGAAAGGAGGAAGGGCUCUUCGGUGGAUCAUGCUUCGAGUAGAUAGAAGAAGUUGCAAACCGCAGAGAAUGAACAUGGAUCGGUACAGAACAGGAAAUCCAUUGCCGUGGAGGAGGAGAGCUUGACAGAGAUGGACUCCGAACGAGGAUCAUUCGUUCAAAGUAAAGCGGGGAAAGACGAUCGAGCGUCAGUCUCUCUCAUGGAAUAUGGAAAGUAUACCCCAACAGUUCGAAUCUCAACCCCGAGACGAGAACAGGUCGCACUGCGCUACAGUUGACGAGAUGCAGCGCUCCGGACUCUGAACCAGAUGCAGUAAGCCUGUAAAGAGCAUUGGGCAGGUGGAAGUGCAACGGUGCCUCGCCUUGAAAAGCCUAUCAGUUAAUUGAAAAGCUACCAAAAGGCAUGGAAAAGAGUGGCCAUUUAAUUUGUGUGCUUAUCAUCGCAAACCGCUGAUGCAAACUCCAUGUACUUUCCACCUACACGGCCGUCUCGGUCGACCAGGCCCAUGAGACCGGCACACGGAAUGCGCAUCUCCAUCUCCUCCUGGAAGAGGUCCUCUGGAUGGGUAUCUGCUGUGUAUUGUGGAUCGAAGGGGAAAAUUUUUAAUGCUUUUAAUAAUUCGUGAUCGACACCGGGGAAUCCAUGGACGACAUACUGCGCAGGGAAAGGUAUAUGAACGUAGUUGUUUACAGAGGAAUAUCUGGCCAAUUUUCUACAGACGGAAAGGACCCGCUGCUCUGCUCUGCAGCCACGGACUGUAGAUGAUCUGCACUGCAGUGCACUGACCCGUGCGUUAAAUGCUCCGCCCUGCAGCUCUCGCACUGUAACAGUCUCGUUUACCAAGUCGUGAACGACAGGUCAUGCCACACUGAGCUGAAGGCCAGAAGCAGCAGCACCACGAGAGAUGGUUUGACAAACCACAAUGAUGGUGUCUACUUCGGAUCCUAAAUGAUGAAACGCUGGCCUCGCAAGCUUCGGGUUUCCUUGUAUAGAUGGUUGCCAGCACAAAAAAAAACCCUCAAUCAUGAAAAUGAUGCACGAAACCAUCCCAAAGGUCUCGUAGUUGCGGAUCAUUUUUCAAGGGAGUUAAUGCCGCUCUUGUGUGUUAUGUCAUAUUGACAAACCUGCAGGCUGACACCUGCAUGAAUAACGUUCAUUGACUUCCAAUGCAAUAUACAAAUAAAUAUCAUUAUCG